AUGAUGAAAGAUCACUUCGACGACCAGGAAGAAGUAGGAGGAGGAGACAAAAAGGCUUCUUACAAGUGCCCGUCCUGUGCAAAAGUCAUCUACCAGCGGCGCAGGUUCAUUGAGCAUGUUGUUUAUCGACAGCAUUAUGUUGCUAUUGACGGCUUGAAGGCAACCCCGGAGUCACCGGGGUUUUCAAUUGACCCGGAGCCUUAUAAGAUAUGGCCCCCGGCGAAAAUUUUCGCCUUUCUCGCUCUCCCUCCAGAGAUACGAUACGAGAUAUACAAAAUUAUUUUCUGCUUUGAACGGAUCGAGGUUUCUAGUGUAUACGAGAGCAAGAUUGAAUCAGACAAGGGAUUAUGGCUUCAACAUAGUCCGUCGAUCAACCUGCUAGCCAUCAUGGCGACGAGCCACCAGGUGUACCACGAGGCACGUCGGGUGUUUUACCGGCUCAACGCAUUCAUAUUUCGAAGCAGAAGAGCUCUGCUCAUGUUUCUCAUCAGCAUUGGAAGAGAGAACGCUUGUCUCCUGAAUACCGUCAAAUGGCGGCGUGACAAUGACGAUGACAACGAUCAUUAUGAGAAUCAUAUCGACAUGAUCAAGCCAUUUCUGACUCAACAAGAGACCUCGGAAGGGCAGCAGCCGGAAGAGGAAGCCAAUAUCUGGAACAGCGAGGCCCAAUACCGCAAAAUCUAUCAGGCGAUCAAAGGAUCGGCGAGUUUGAGUCCCUGGUAUUGGCAGUCGUAUUGUCUAACUCGGCUUGAUGCGCAGCCAGGGGAUAGUCAGCUUCGCGACGUCGAUGGCCUUAUAGCUGCAGGUCGCCGAACCCGGUUUUUAGCGGGUCGUCGACGAAGAGAUGACCCAGAACGUGAGAGCGUGAUGGUCCGUCGACAGAUCGAUGGAAGACAGGUCACCAGCAUUGAGACAAGGCCAAGACGCCGCUCUCGAAGCACGACCAAUCGACGCCAUUUAAUGAUCACACCACUACCGUAUGGGGUUACGCGUAACACCGGCAAUACCAAUGCUGAAGACUCGAAUCGUGACAGAGGUGGACGGGUUGGGCAACAAGGAGGGGCGAGCUCGAAUCUGAACGAUAAUCAGAGAAAAGACGCCGGUGCUCAGACCACUGAUAGUGUGAUCCUUGGUACAGGAGGUUCAGCGUCGGGCUCUGGAAAUCAGCAAGAUAACCAAGGCAAGGGCAAGGGCAAGGGCAAGAAGAAUAACAACCGGGACAGCAACCAGAGGAACGAUGACCAGGACAAGAAACAGGACACUGAGGACGGCAACAAUGACAAGAACCAGGAGAACAGCAACAACCAACAAAAUAACAGCGGUGGCAAGAAGAACAAGAAGAAAAACAAGAAGGAACAGUCAAGCCAGGACUCAGAUCCCCAAGAAGAAAGCUCAAAAGUCAACGACAAGAGUGUUGACGCCAAAGAUGAAUCCGAGGAUAAGGGCAAGGGAAAAGCCAAGGAUGAUGAUGAAACUCAGAAUUCAGGUACCAACAAGAAGAAUGUCCACUUUUCCGAGAAAGAUAACAGAAAAGACGAGAAAAAUGACGAUGCAGAGGCUGAAAACCCUGCCGAAACGCCUGACUGGCCUUCUGAAGCUGCCGCGGAAUGGGAAAAUACUACUGGAGAUGAUUCAGCGACGGCAGCCAAUACAGGUCUGUUCAAGUCUCUACCGAAACCCAAAUAUACAGGCGAGGAUGAAGAAAUUCCGUCCCACGCGCAGCAACGUGGGCCCCGAGUGCUCGGCGCGGGCGCUCUCGAUGAGAGUCAAAUUGUACUAAGGAAAACCGGCCCUCCGCCGUACGGUAACAGAACGGGAUGGCGACCGAGAGCGCCUGAAGAUUUUGGCGAUGGCGGCGCCUUUCCAGAAAUUCUCGUCGCACAAUAUCCGCUCGAUAUGGGUCGUAAAGGCGGCCAAACUACAUCCAACGCUCUGGCAGUCCAGGUUGAUGGAGAAGGGAAAGUCAAAUACGAUGCUAUUGCACGACGCGGACACAGCGAUAAUCGAAUCGUCCAUGCCUCGUUCAAAGACCUCAUUCCGCUACGACAACGGGUGGAUAUGGGCGAAAUCUCACUCGAUCGGCCCUCACAGGAAGAAGUAGCGGAGCAAAUGGAAAAGACAAAAGAUGCACUGGCCAAGCUAGUCACUGGAGCAGUCGCAGCCCAGAAACCAAAAAACGUCCGCGGUGGGCAGAGGGCUGAUCCCACGUUUGUGCGAUACACACCGGCGAACCAGAUGGGCGACACAAGUAAGAAGAAUGAUCGUAUUAUGAAGAUUAUGGAGCGACAUCAAGAUCCCAUGGAGCCUCCGAAAUUCAAGCAUAAGAAAAUUCCUCGUGGUCCACCUUCACCACCUCCGCCAGUGAUGCACUCUCCUCCGCGAAAAUUGACUGCAGAGGAUCAAGAGGCGUGGAAAAUUCCACCACCGGUCUCGAAUUGGAAGAAUCCUAAAGGUUAUACGGUACCUCUCGAUAAGCGUCUGGCAGCAGACGGCCGAGGGUUACAAGACGUUACAAUCAACGAUAAAUUCGCACAGUUCGCCGAAGCACUAUUUACAGCCGAUCGGCAUGCAAGAGAAGAAGUCCGGCAACGAGCACAAAUGCAACAGAAAUUGGCCGAAAAGGAGAAGGCACAAAAGGAAGAGCAUCUGCGACAACUCGCUCAAAAGGCGCGCGAGCAGCGGUCUACUGCGGCCUCAAGUCGUCGGGAGUCUCGUGCCAGAUCUUUCAGUGGCAGCCGAAGCCCAUCACCUGCGUAUUCGUCGCGAUCGGUCUCGCCUAGCGAUGAUGAGUCGGCGGCGCGAGAGCGAGAGCAGGCUCGUCGUGAGCGCCGACAGGAGGCAGAGCGACAAUUGAGGCAGUCACGCAUGGGAACAGAGCGUCGUAUCCAGAUGAUGGCUCGGGAACAGAACCGUGAUAUUUCCGAAAAGGUGGCUCUUGGUCUAGCGAAGCCUACACAAAAUACCGAGUCCAUGUACGAUUCGCGCUUGUUUAACCAGACUAGUGGAAUGAGCACGGGUUUCAACGAGGAUAACCCUUACGACAAGCCUCUGUUUGCAGCACAGGAUGCCAUUAGCAGCAUCUACCGUCCUCGCGCACAGGCCGAUGACGAGUACGAUGAGGACGCUGCCUCUGGUGAAAUGAACAAGAUCCAAAAGAGUGGUCGGUUUGAAGUUCUUGGACGGGCCAAGGAGGGAUUCCGGGGUGCAGCGGAAGCUGAGGCUCSCGACGGCCCAGUUGAGUUUGAAAAGGAUACUGCGGAUCCGUUCGGUAUUGACAGUAUGAUUGCUGAUGUUACUGGCGGUGGCUCAAGUGCCGGCCAAAAGCGAUAUGGAAUCCAGCAGGCCGAUAGAGACGAGGAUGGGGGCCGCGGAUCGAAGCGGGCACGGGUAGACGAGGAGGACUAG